UUCUUCAUCGCAACUUGUUUUGGUUCGUGGAUUUUUAUACAAAAGUUUUUAAAAUAAUGACCACUUCCUAAAAGUGCAGACAUAAAAUAGCAUUGAACAAAUUCAGUAGAAUGAAUAUUUUCAAAUCAUCAAAUGUAAUCAGCACAAUCCUGAACCAAAGCAAGUUGAAUGUCGAAAAUAAAGGAAUAAGUGCAGUAUAUCCAUUGGUUCAUCGAUGUAUAAGUAUAUGCAGCAUCCUUCAGCGGUCUCACUACGACUCUCUCGGACUAACUCCCGCUGCAACCCAGAAUGACAUCAAACAAGCGUACUACAAACUAUCGAAGCUGCACCAUCCGGAUAAGAACAAAGAUAGCGAAAACGCGGCGGAUAAAUUUCGUUCAAUCACCGAAGCCUACGAGGUGCUUGGAAAUUACCGACUCCGUAAGUUGUACGACAAGGGUAUUCUACAUACUGCCGGACGGCAAUAUGCCCACCAUCAAACGGUUGAAAGGGAACCGGAGGAAGACGAUCCGCAGACCCGCUUCUACAAGAAACGGAUGACUCGAACGCACGUUCCGACGCCAUCCGGAAGGACUCCGAUCUACGAUUUCGACGAGUGGUCCCGUACUCACUAUGGGAAAAAUUUUGAACGAAAGAAAGCUGCCGAAACAAAGUUUCGGGAAAAGGCAGAGCGGGAUGACCUCUUCGAUUCACAUGUGCUGCAGGGGUACGUUGUGUACGCGAUGGUAGGAAUAGCACUGCUCUACGGAUUGAUACUAUUGAAUGAAAGUUCGCACGAUUCGCCCAAGGCGAUACAGAAAAAAGCGGACGGUGACGAGUAGGGAAUAUCCUGAUAUAUUGAUAGUUUGAGCCGUUAUUGGUCAAGAAUGUACAUAAAUGAUGCUUCAAAAGCAGUUUCUAUUGUUUAACAGAUAGGCAAAUGAAAUAAAUUUAAUUUAUAACCAA